UGCUCCAAGCAGUUUGUUUCAGACUCGGAGUGGACCGAAACCACGACGUCACUCGUCGUUACUGCUCGUGGUGACGAAGUCUGCAGUUCACUCUAAGUAAGACGACAACUUUACUCAAUGCAACGCCACACAACACAGUUUCAGGUCAGCUCCCACUUGGAUCUUCUUCAAAAUCAGUAUUAGGGUUUUUAAUUUCAAGUACGGUGUCUCGGACAUGAAGAAACGGCGACUUUUAGCAUCAUCAUCAUCAAAAUCAAUCCCUCUCGAUGUAAUCUUCGACAUUUUCACAAGACUCCCCUUCAAAUCUGUGAUUCGCUUCAGGUGUGUUUCCAAGCUGUGUUACUCCAUCAUUACCCAUCCAUUUUUUCCAAAUUUACAUGCUCUUCACUUUCCAUUCAAACCCCUCGGCUUGCUCAUCACCUGCCCCACCACGCUCCAGACAGGCCAGAGGUUUUUCUUCGUGGACUUUAACGGCGGAGUUGCCGUUAAUCUCCUUACUGUCCGCCCUCGCUUCUCUCGUUACACUACCCACUCUGUUAACGGUUUAGUUUGUAUGGAUUUUGGCCUUGGCGCCACUAUAUGUAAUCCUAGUAUGAGUCAAUUUGUUGAUGUUCCAUUAAUUUGUUCGUUGAAGUCUCCGUUGGUAAAUUCAACCUACUUUUGUGUUAAUUCGUUUGGUUUUGACCCCGUUAGUAAGCAAUACAAGGUUUUGAAUUCUUGGGGUAUUCCUGGUAGAAAAACGGAGUAUAGGGUUUUCACAUUGGGGACUAACUCAUGGAGACUGCUUGACGGCGGCCCGCCUUACUAUGCUGAACGCCAAAGCAUUUGUGUCGAUGGGAUUGUGUAUUUAAGGAGUAGUACUGUUAUGUGUCGUGUGAAAAGAACUGUUUUGGUGGCGUUUGACUUGCAAACUGAGAGGUUUGGAGUGAUUCCAUUGCCUGAACGGGCUCCAGAAGAUGGAAAUAAGUCUGAAUUGAUCGUGUUCCUAGGGCGGCCGGGUAUAGUUAAUUAUCAAACUGACAACACAAGUAUAAGCGUUUGGAUAUUGCAAGAUUGUUUUAAUGAGGUAUGGGUUAGGCUUACUUUUGUGUUACCUUUGAAUUGGAAUGGAUUACAAGAGGAUCAGAAAUACAUCAUCGCGGGUAUUGCCCCUACUGGCGAGUUCUUACUUGUACCCCAGAUUUUAUCAAGUCACAUUUUUGUUGUUUAUUAUGAUACUGAGAAAAACAGUUCAAGGAAAGUUGAAAUAUCCGGGCUUCCUGAGUAUAAGCAUAAUGAUUUAUUUUCUAACAUCCUUAGAUUCACCUAUUAUGAGGAAAAUGUUUUAACAUUUAGGUAACUGCAAAUGGCUUCCUGUUUCACUUUACUGUUACUUUGCUGGAAAGAAUUGGGUUCUGCGGAGUGAAGAGAAGCUGCUAUGCCAGGUAGUUGGGCUCAACUAUAGGCAGUGCAUUUUAGCGGUUCUGCUUUUGUUUUGUAAUUUCAUGUAGUAGAUGUUCAAGGGUAAUGGAUAUUACUCCAUUCAUCAACAUUUUACAGUAUUUUAGUAUUUUUUUAAUAAUAAACUUAAUAAUUUUCGAGGA